AAAUAGGGAACUUUGCUACAAAAAGGGGUUUAUUGUUUGCCUGCAAUUUUUUGUUUUUGUUUUUGUAGAGAUCAGAUUUAAAGUGUUUGUCUUGGCGCGGACGGAGGAGGAAAUUAAUUGUGUCCAUACAUGGCAAGUGGACGGCUUUCAUGAUUUGGGGUGACUGUUUAUUUAUGAUGUCCCUAGAUGGCAAUGUGAAAGAAUGUUCCCGCUUGGUGACCUGGGGGUACUUUGACAUCGUGCUGGAUAAUGAGUUAGAACAGAGGGAAUGGCAUCCGUGCCAUGCUGCAAAUAUUUUCCUUUUUAUUCUACGGGCUGUCAUUCUUUACUACAGAGGCCGGAGUUAAAGUUUGACAAUACAGUAGCAGAAUAUGAAUCACAGGCGGUUUCUCCGUGGCGGCUUACCCAGAUAGUAUAACAUUUUAAUAUGUUGCGUACACCAACCCCACCAGCUUGUUUUUAUAGUCAUAUAUCAACCGAGGCAUUGUUAGGGAACUGUGCAGUCUAGUUCCGUGUCAUGGGGAAUGCUCGGUCUGUUACUAGUCUGUUAAAGGUGGAGCAGGAAUGUGUUUAGAUGAUUAUGACUUUCCAUUGCCUGCUGUGGGGAGAGACGCAGUGGAGGACACGAAGAAGAAGUGGAGGCGCAUGACGUUGACGGGAAGAGAGAAAAAGACGCCAUGAUCCGUCCAGAGGAGGAUAAUCAAGCUCCCCCGGCAGACAGCAUGGUAACCAGGAGGCACUCCGCUGAAAGGUGACCUCCAGACGCUUCACCUCCCCGAAACAUUUGAGUAUGCCAGGACAUAACAAUGAGCUUCAACAGCACAGACCCUGGUCUCUUCCUGACUGCAAACACACCAGUACCAGCAGCCGGAGCCUACCCACAACCCAAUGCUCUCCACCAAGGAGCAAGUGCAGCACCAUGGUUGGUUUAUGUGAAUAACCUGGAUGAAAAUUAUACCAGCAAACUCUUAAACCUCACCUCGGAAUCCCAAAAUGGAAAUGCAACUGUGCCCCAGGAUCCCUUGGGUGGUCACCAUUGGUGGCAGGUUGUCCUAAUUGUCCUGCUGACAGGCACGCUGUCACUGAUCACUGUGAUCGGAAACAUCUUGGUGGUAGUAUCCUUCAAGGUUAAUCGCCAGCUAAAGACUGUUAAUAACUACUUCCUGCUCAGCUUGGCUGUCGCUGACCUCAUCAUAGGGGUCAUCUCCAUGAACCUCUACACAGCUUAUCUCGUAAUGGGCCACUGGGCAAUGGGCAACUGGGCCUGCGACCUCUGGCUGGCUAUAGACUACGUGGCCAGCAAUGCAUCAGUGAUGAACCUACUGGUCAUCAGCUUCGAUCGCUAUUUUUCAAUCACCAGGCCUUUGACCUACCGGGCCAAACGGACCACGAAGAGAGCCGGGAUGAUGAUCGGCCUAGCCUGGUUUGUUUCUCUAGUCCUGUGGGCCCCAGCCAUUCUAUUUUGGCAAUACUUUGAAGGUGAAAGGACAGUGCCCGCGGGUGAGUGCCAGAUUCAGUUCCUCAAAGUGCCCACUAUAACUAUCUGCACCGCCAUUGCAGCUUUCUACCUCCCUGUGACUAUAAUGAGUAUCCUCUACUGGCGCAUAUACCAGGAGACUCAGAACCGAUCAAAAGAGCUGGCUGGGUUGCAGGGUUCAGGGAGUCGUGGUGGGAUAGGAGGAAGGGGUGGCAACGGUAGAGGCGAGAAAUCACGUUUCGUCCAUCAGACUGGAAGUUCCAGAAGUUGCAGCAGCUACGAGCUAACCAGGUUGUCCCGGAGAAGGAGCACAUGUCAGGAGCUGGUCGGCCGCUUCCACUGCUGGCCUGGGGUUCGUUCUUGGAGACCUGGUAGCACAAGGCACGGGGAGGGCGAUCCAGACCAGAGCAGCAGCGACAGCUGGAACAACAAUGACGCCGCCGUCUCGUUAGACCACUCCGGCUCUUCAGAAGAUGAGGACUGCGGGGGCAAAGAGAUGAUUUCCCAAAGUCAUGCUAUUUUCUCAAUUGUUCUUACCCUGCCCGGUAUAAAGGCUGCUGUAAACUCCCAACUCACCUCAUGCGAGGACCUGGACGUGGCCUCAGAGGAGGAUCCCCUCAGGGGAGCGGAGGAUAAACGAGAUAGCCUUUCAACAGUCGCGAACAACACCACUGCCACCACAACUGCGGAUGAGGCAAACAGUUCAGAAAAUAGCUAUCACCAGCGCUUCUGCUCGCGAAAGAUCCAGUCAAUGCCCACCAUCCAGCCUACCUCCAACCAAGGCUCCGAUGCUCACACGACAACUGCUUCCACAACCUCCGACGCUACCACCACCAAAUCCCAGUCCGUCCCGAUGUCCUUCAAAGAUGCAGCUCUUGCAAAGCGCUUUGCUUCCAGAACCCGAACGCAGAUCACCAAGAGGAAGCGCAUGUCCCUAGUGAAGGAGAAGAAGGCGGCUCAAACCCUCAGUGCCAUCCUCUUCGCAUUCAUCAUCACAUGGACGCCGUACAACAUCAUGGUGCUGAUCAAUACCUUCUGUGACGUCCCGGGCAUCCUGUGGGACGUAGGGUAUUGGCUGUGCUACGUCAACAGCACGGUCAACCCCAUGUGCUACGCCCUGUGCAACAAGACUUUCCGUACGACCUUUAAGAUGAUUCUGCUGUGCCAGUGGGACCAGAAAAAAAGGAGGAAGCAGCAGUUCCAGCAGAGACAAUCUGUGGUAUUCCACAGGAGGAUUCCCAGAGAUUCCACGUAAUGGACAGGUUUGAAUGGUUAAUAAACACAGAAUCAAACGAUUUUACAUAGGAAAAGGAAAACGUGAACAUCUAGUUGUUUCUAUGGAGUUGUUUUGCUUAGAGAUCCAUAAUGUGUUUCUCUGCUCGUAUGUCAAACACAGCAACCCGACGUGUGGUUUUCUUGCAGUAUGUGUUUGUGUCAGUGCAUACAUUGGGCAAAGCAGUUGAGCAGUUGUAUGAACAAAGGGUUUGUGUAAAUUCAAGCUCAGAGAAGAAAACUUGCCAACUGUCCUUGAAGAACAUUUUACCAUUUCGGUGUGGGAAACAAUAGCAAAGGGCUUUAAAUUGCAUUGCAGGAGAAUAUUUGAAGUCGACCUGACACAAGGGAAAAAGAUGUCCUUGUUACAGGGUUGGGGAUAUUUUAAUUAUUUCUCUUUGUGUGUAGCUAUAUCUGUAACGUGCAGAGUGGUUUUACAUUUAAAACAAAACGGUGUAUCUGUAAUGCGUCACUGAGAGCUAAGAUAAACCCUAUUUUGUGUCACAGGCUUCUACAUUGUAAUGAUUUGACCUGUUGUCCUCUUGACGUGUUUUUAUCGGAACGCCUGUGCACGGCCUUUCUACAUGGAUAUAGCUUUCCUGUGUCUGAUGGAAUACAACAAAGUUCUUGAACUGUGUCCUUACUUUCAGCCAACAGAUAUAUUGUUAUUUUUGUGAUAUUCCUAAGAUUUUGAGCCAGUCUGAAAAGGAAUCCUCUGACGAACUGAGUUGUGAAUAUUUUGUGUGGCACUACAGUGAACUGCUGUUGUGUUCAAUGUGAUUGUUGUGGUUUUUAUGGUGGAGACAGUAAGUACAUUGGUGGUGUUUUAUGUACUUGCAGUUCUCAGUCAUGAGUAAUGAUAAUGCAUUGAUAAUAUUCUGUUUGUGUACAUUUGGAUAUUUAUGACUUGGUACACAAUGAUUGAUUGCACACAAAGAUGUUCAUUUAUAAAGAUGUGUGUUUUGAUUCACACUAUCUUUUAGAUUUUUACUAAAUGACACAUUGAAAUAACUCUUUGUAAUAGGCCUCCUGUCUUUCACAUAGUGGAGUAAUAGCAGCCUCUAGUGGCUUAAGAAGGGCAAGUGCAGUAAGUCAAGACAAAACCUUUCUUAAUUAAUUGUGCAACAAUUAUUCAUGCCGUAAGCUUGUUUUGUGAAUUGAGAUUUUAAAUCUAAAAGAAAACCUAGCAGGCAUAUUACUGAGGAAUGGCCACAACAAUUGAAUUACAAUACUUUCUGCCACAACCUUAUUAUUAUUUUCGGUUCAAUUUCAUAUUAUUUAUGGGAGAGGUUUUUAGAGUUGAAGAGUUGAACGAUUUGGUGGUCAUUGCUUUUUUCGAUACAGAAAAUGAUGGAACACCACCAAUAGUCUGCAUAAUGAUGCCAAUGAAUUUAUCCUACAUUUUGUAAUACACAUUUUGUUAUUAUUGUUUCGAGUAGUUUUCUUUUUUUAUUGUUGCCACAUCUAAGUCUUGAAUAUUGUGCAAAAGAUAUAUAGAAGGCAAAGAAAAGCUCUAUGCCAACAGGCAUAUUGAAGAAUUGGUUGAUUAGAUUAUGUAUCCGAUGAUUUGAUUUAUGUGUUGUAUACUAAUGAGAUGUUGAAAAAUGAUCCCAUGCUUGUCAUCAGUGGGUAUUUAGUUUGCUUUCAACACAAUAGGCUACAGUGAUACGUUCUUUAUUGAAAUACAAGUUUUUUGUACUAUUGGGAUUGUACACUAGCAAAAUGCUGAACAUAAACAUUUCAAGUAUGCCAUCCAUACUCAUAUUUUAAGUCAAUAAACAAGCAAAAAACUUUUGACAGAAAUGUA